CUCUCAGCUGACCUGUGUGAUUUUGUAGGUGCUGAAGAUGGCAGGUAGCUCAGCUCCUUGGAUCGGCAGUGCUUACCUCUUCCUUCAGUCAACGUGCAAGACUAUCAUUCUGCCAAAUCUCUACGAAAGUGCCCAGAAGAAGCCCUGCGUGUUCAAGGCACUGAAGCUGGCAUUAGCAGACUCCACCGGCAGUGUGAAUGGUGUGGACAUGCUCAAAGUGCACUGCAGCCACCCACACCUGAUAGUCCAGCUCAAAUUCUGCAAGCAGGAGAACUGCCGCCGCUUCCUGCAAAGUUACCGGGAAGGAUUGCUCCAGAAGUCCCUCCAGAACCACCUCCAGCUCUCCUUGGCCAUGACCACGGUGCCUCUAGAAAUGGAGCUGAAGGCUGGCAAUGAGCACCUGGACAACAUGCUGAAGGAUGAGGAUCGCUGCCUAGAGUGCAUCUACAGAGAAAAGGUGAAUGGGAGAGGGAGGGAAGCCAAGCAGUAAUGAGAAGCAGUAGCACAGGAUGCAAAGUGGGUGCAAAUUCUGCUCUGCUGCUGUGCACUGGGCUGCUAACUUCUCCUUCCUUCAGCUCUCAACUGUAAUAUGGAGAACAGCUCUGCCCUUCCACAGAAAAGAUCUGGGCACUUUUCUCAAGGACCAUAGAGUUACCUUUCUCCCCUGACUCGCACAUCUCAUCCUUAGCAAUGGUAACUGUUCCUAAAAUGAGCACGAGCAAAAACAUCACACAAUGCACCAACAGCUUAUGACAGAGUAGGGACACGCAGCAUUUGCUGCCAGCAGCAGCAGGCUGCUGUUCUGACAGCAGUGCCUCUCUCUCAAAGAUGAUAUCUAGAGUCCAUCUCAUCUCACACUCUGACUAAUCCUGCUAGCAAGAACAGGGGUCGGUACUGGAGCCCAUCUUGUUUAAUAUCUUUAUUGAUGACCUAGAUUAAGGGAUUGAGUGC